UUCCUUUAGCCUUUUUAUUCCUCUGGCAGAGUGUGUUUGUGUGUGUUAGUGGGUGUGUUCCGUCCAAAGUGCCUUUUGUGUAUGUCUGUGUGUGUGCCUUUUUUUCCCCUACUCUUAAAUCAGUUAUAAUCAAAUCUCUUAAUAUUACAUGAAACCGAUUGGUUCGAUAAAGAAAACGAAAAUGUGGCUACUUUAUAAGGGAAAUACCGUUGCUAUGAAGUUUGUUUGACGGUUGCCACUUCCUUGAGAGACACCCCCGGGUACAUUAUUGUGUUACCUUAUGCCUUUACGGAUGACACCUCCACUCGUUGACAACAACGACUAUCAAGUGAUUCAUAAACGCUCCGCAUCGAUUUAAUAAGAAAAACAGGAAGAGACCAAAUUAACAGGAAGGGUUGGUCCUUCCUUGUUUGUUUUCUUCCUCAGUUUAUCUGCUGCCCUUAUUACAGACUCUCUCAAUGAGAAGUUGCUUCACUGCCUUUAUACAUUUUCUUUUGGUCCUGCCAAACAAGUGCCCUUGUUAGAUAUUUGUAGAAAAAUAGUUUUGUGGCAUCUAAAAAGUGUGUGCUGCUCAUGCCUGCUAUGAUGGAGUUUGAAGACAGGAAGUGGCGGGAUAGAGAGGCUCUGAAACACAUCAUCGGACAAUGGAAUGCGAACCGGCUAGACCUCUUUUCCUUGUCGGAACCCAAUGAGGAAUUUGAGUUUCAUGGGGUGAUGCGUUUCUACUUUCAAGAUGCUGGGCAGAAAAUUGCCACAAAGUGCAUCAGGGUUUCGUCGACAGGCUCAACCCAGGCUGUCAUUGAAACUCUGAUUGAAAAAUUCCGACCAGACAUGAAAAUGCUUCACAUGGCUGAAUACGCACUCUACGAGAUCCACCCCAACGGUGCAGAGGAGAGAUGCCUUGGUGUCGAUGAGAAACCUUUGUUGGUGCAGCUGAAUUGGCACAAGGACGACCGCGAGGGCCGUUUCCUAUUGAGACGGGCCGAUGAGAAAUCGACUUUGCCGGCCCAACAACCACCAGAAGAAUCCAGCUUUCGGCGCAAAUUAUCUAAACGAGAGAAACGCAACGCCAAAAAGGAAAACAAAUUACGCAAGUUGAAGAGUUCGGAACACGAUGGUGGUGGUUGCAACGAUGGCGAAAACGGUGGCAAAAAUGGAACAACGGUGGCCGAGAAGCUUUACACGGAACUUCCGGAAACGAGUUUCACGCGCUCGAUCAGCAAUCCGGAAGCUGUGAUGCGUCGUCGAAGACAGCAAAAAUUGGAACGUAAAUUACAGCUUUUCCGGUCAAAAGAUGGCGGUCCGGACACUGGCGGAACACUUAAAAUUUAUGGAGAGAGUUUGUGUCGUGAUGUGCCGUACAAGACGCUGUUGUUGUCUGUUCGCGAAACGGCCGCCUACGUUGUUCGUGAAAUGCUGGACAAGUAUGCACUCACCAGAGAGGAUCCAUCCAAUUAUUGUCUUGUCCAGGUGACGGGUGGAUCUCAACAGACUGGCAAUAACAACAGUGGGGGCAACAACGAGCCACCUAGCGAGUACAUCCUGGAAGACGACGAGUGUCCUUUAUCUAUUCUCAUGAACCACACUCCAGGGACAGGUCCAGUCAUGUUUCACGUCCGGAGACGACCAGCUGACAGCAAUUCACAAGCUGCACGUCGUCGCAAAAAGAAGCUCAGCGGAAGUGGAAGCCAAGGUGGAAACAACCAGAACGCCAAUAGUUCAAACACGGGAUCCAUCAGUCGUUUGGGAGGUGGUGAACUGGCAUCGCCGGAUCAAGAUCCUGAACAACGCACUUUGCCCUAUUUAGUCGAAUUGAAUCCAGACGGAAGUGAAGUCCGUCAAGGCAAUCAAGUAAGACGACAUUUCGUUUCGCCUACUGUGACCGAAGUCGGUUCAGAACGACCUGCUCCGCCACAUCCGUCGUCACCUAUCGCUGUUCCGUCGAUUCAACUCUUUGGGCCGGGAAUACAUCCGCGUCAUUGCGUACUCGCCCAUACGGAAGGCAUGGUGACAUUGACGCCUUGCAGCCCCCAAGCGGAAACCUACGUCAACGGCCAGAGACUGUGCGAGACGACUUUAUUGCAACAUGGAUGCGUCAUUCGUUUCGGUCGCAACGCCUAUCAAUUUCGUUUUAUCGAUCCGGCCAGUGAGUUCCGCACUCCGGCUGCAUCGACAGCUCUCAAUUACGAACGAUUUACGGGACAACCUGGUGGUGGAGCCAAUAGAGCAGUUUCAGCAACCCCGUCAGCUGGUAAUAUUAUUACGGCGACGGCCGCUGUCGUCGCUCCUCCUCCUCCUGCUGGACCUGUUAUGGUGGCUGGAACUGAUCCCAUUUUACCCGCCGUCCUCGAAUUACCAGAAGAUGUGGAAGACGCAUUCCUACACUCGUUGAUUCCAAAUUUGGAUACCAGGCAAAUUGUCUUUCGGCUGGCUCCAACCUAUUCGCUUUACUUGAUGGCCCGCUAUCGCGCCUCAACUCACUUCCGCCCGGAAUUGAACCCUAUGGAAAGGGCCCAACGUUUGACAUUGACAUUAAGCCGCGUAGGAGCCAUGAUGCAGGCCAUCGUUCAAGAGCGUUACGCCGAUCCACCGUCGUUGGCCUUUUGGAUGGCCAAUGCAUCAGAGUUGCUUCAUUUUCUCAAAUCGGAUCGCCACAUUUGCGCCUUUUCCUUGGAUGGACAAGAUUUAUUGGCCGAGGCUGUCCAGAUUGCCUUCCGCAACGCCAGCGUUUGCCUGACUGCCGAGCUACUGCAGUCGAUGCCACCGAUGUUGUCACCUCCGUCUAUGGUGGCGGAGGGACAGCCGGAGCAACCGGAAGAAGAAGCGGCAACCGCCCAAGUGUUGUCGGUCCUCUCAUCGACGAUGGGCUUGUUGCGACGUUGCCGAGUCAAUGCCGCUCUAACAAUUCAACUCUUUUCCCAACUGUUUCACGCCUUGAACGCGGCGUUGUUCAAUCGCCUGGUCGGACUUGAUUCGCCGCGUUUGCCCGCUUCAGCAUCGCACCAUCUUCUUCCGCCGGCGGGGGCCAAUCUUUGCUCUCGUCAGUGGGGCCUUGCACUCAGCAGACGACUUCGACGUUUGGAAGCUUGGGCCGAACGCCAGGGACUUGAACUGGCCGCCGAUUGUCACUUGGCACGAGUGAUGCAAGCUGCGCAUUUACUUCAGUCGCCUAAAAACACAGCUGAACAGUUGAUCGAAACUGCUUCUUCGUGUUUCAAGCUCAAUUCUUUGCAGUUGAGAGCCCUGCUGGAACGUUACAGACCAUCACCGCAGGAUGGCGAACCAGCGAACGCUAUUCCGCCGCAACUGAUUCAACAUAUUGUGCGCGUAGCCGAAGGCACAGCCGACGAACUUCAGUUGGCCGAUGGUCGUCCUCUUCGAUUGGAUGAAGAUUCUCAAUUGGCCGUCCCUUUCCUUUUGCCUGAUGACGGAUAUUCUUGUGACGUUAUGCGCGGCAUCCCCACUGGAUUAAUGGAAGUCCUCGGGCCGCUUCAGCAGGCCGGCCUUUGUCGUUUAACUCCUCAACCGACAUCGUCGGGAUUAUGGACCAUUUAUAUGGGUGAAGGAUCGACUCCAGUUGUUGCUUCCCCUCAACAACAACACCAUCCUGUCCGGGCACCUUCAGCUGCUGGUGAAGCGAGUCAAUCGUACCCGCCACAGCAGCAGCAGCAGCAGCAGCAGCAGCUGCAGCCUGAACUGCAAUUGUUGCAAUUACGCAAGGCCAGUGAUUCCAUGGGUUUGAGCAUCGUGGCUGCCAGAGGCACUGGCCAACAACAACUAGGCAUUUACAUCAAGUCUGUUGUCAAAGGAGGAUCAGCCGAUAUCGAUGGCCGUUUACAGGCUGGUGAUCAAUUAUUGUCUGUCGAUGGCUACAGUCUUGUUGGCAUUACGCAGGAUAGAGCAGCAGAGAUUUUGAUGAGGACGAGCCAUACGGUUCGCCUGGAGGUUGCCAAACAAGCUGCCAUGUUCCAUGGAUUGGCAACGUUACUCAGUCAACCGUCACCGACUUCAACCGUUUCACGUUCCACAUUGUCGCUCAAUAAAACGGAUCCCGUCCAGCAACAACGUCGUCCACCUUUACCACAACAACAACAACAACAACAGCAGCAGCAGCAGCAGCAGCCACCGUUCCAGGAACGACUUGUCGAUUGGGAUCGUCCUCCCACGUCGCAUCGAAUGAAUUCCAACAGCAGUCCCAGUUUGGUCGCGCACAACGAACCUCAGCAACAACAACAACAACAUCAGCAGUCAAUGGGCCAGGGCCGUCCUCUCCAACAGAUGGCACCUCAGUUGCGCAACGCCAAUUCUCGAUCGGUGCCUGCCCUUCACAACAGCGAACCGAAUGUUGGGAUGAUGAAUCAAUCGCAGGAAGGAAUUCAUCAUUUCCAGACUGAGCAACAGCAGCAACAGUUUUACGCUCAGCAGCAGCAACAGCAACAACAAAGAGCCAUGAUGAAUCAACGCGCAAUGUCGGCUCAGCUGCUGUCUCAACCGCGUUACCCUAAUCCUCCGCAACAAGCGACCGAACCGACCAGUCCUACUCGUACGACCGCCACGCAGCAAUUACAACAAGUACAGGCAACCCGCUCUCGCUCUGUUCAGAAUCUCAGUGAAAAUCAACAACAACAACAAAGAGGAUCAACGACAACCUUGAGAGCUCGCCAUCCAUCGGAUGAACGUCAGUACCAGAAUAUUGCCCUUUAUCAACAACAACAACAAUUGCAAUAUUCCGGCCAAGGUCCCAGGCCCCAGUAUGCCCAACAACUUCCUCCACCUCCACCUCCACAGCAGCAACAGCAACAGCAACAGCAACAGCAACAACAACAACAACAACAACAACCAAGAGGAUUAUUAAGUCCAGUCAGUCGGACAUCAGGAGUUGUCGUUCCGGCAUCCGUAGCCCAUUUACGUCAUCCGUCAAUGGGUCAACAACAGCAAAGUAGUGAAUCGCCUCCACCGCCUCCGCCGCCUCCCGUCUCCACCCAUCCUCUGGUAGCCGCCGCGGCGGCAUCCACCGGCCAGCUACAACAGCAGCAGAAUCCAUGGGAAAAAGAGGAGAAGGAAAGAGAAACGGCCAUGCGUCGUCAAGAAGCUGCACGCCAGUGGAUGGAAGAGCAAAUUGAAGAACUCGAAUCGUUGGGCUUAGGCAAUCGGACGCAAAAACAAGAAGAGCAAUUGCGAGCUCUCAAACUGGAAAUGGAAUUUAGAAAACGGGCCAUGGAAGCAGCUGAAGAGGAAGAUGACGAUGAUGGCGAAGCAACAGGCGAUCGACGCGGAAUGCUCCGCCUUGUCCAGGAAGAUUUGGAACGAGCCAGGCAAUGGCGACUGGAGAAACAGCAGCAAGUUCAACAACCGCAAGUUCAACAACCGCCGCAACAGCAACAGCAACAGCAACAGCAACAGCAACAGCAACAGGUGAUGGCGAUGACCAACGGGAUGAACAACAAUAACACGGCAACGGUGCCGGAUCAGGAGCGCAUGCGUAAGAUCGAAGCGUUCCAACGAAAGCAACGCGAAUUGGAAGCCACUCAAGCUGCCGAGGAGCGCAUCAUCCGAGAAGCUCAAAGACGGAAGGAAGAGGACGUGCACCGACAUCAACAGAUGCAGCAUCAACAACAGCAACAACAACAGCAACAACAGCAACAACAGUGGAGACCGACAUCUGGAACGAACGUUUCAGGUCCACCUCCAUCUCUCAUGUCUGGUGGUCAAAGAUUGGCGGAAAGUGCCACUGUUCAGUCGUCGUCAAUGGAUUCGCAGCACACCUCUUCCUCGUCCAGCACAGUAACAUCGACCACCACCAAAAGAGUCUCUUUCUUCCAGGAAACGACUCAGUCAGAAAACAAGAUAAACAGCCGCGAAGAUCCUGAUGCGUUUAUUCUCGAAGCAGAAAACAUGCUGGCCAAUACGCCACCAAAGUCGUCUGCUAGUAGUAGUGGCAGUACCAAUAUUGACCAACUGUUGCUGACUGGCAUAAGCACGCCUGGCGUAAUAGGGUCUCAGGAAGUGUAUCGCGAUCCCAGACUGAAGCGGCUGGCUGAGCAACAACAACAACAAAAGACUCAGUUGAAACCUGGGCCUGAAAAGUUGACGUUUCAAGAGAAAAUGAAAAUGUUUGCUCUGGAAAGUGGAGAACAAGCAACUCCAAAGGACAAAUCUAAAAUAUCUAAAGCCCAGAGAGAAAUUGAGCUGAAACCCAGUCUAACGAGUGAAAAGACCAGCAAUUGAUGCAAGUAUUCUGACUCCACUUUUUCCAAGUAUUGAUUCCAUCCACACACACACACACACACACAAAUAAGUAUCUUUUUUUUUUCAAUUCUGUUUUAUAUUUAUCCUGGACAGAUUCAUGUUUAGGCUGUCUGUUGCUAAUAUUUGAACAAAAUCUCUGUAGCCUUUUCUCAGCUCUUGGUUUCCAGUUUUUCCUAAAAGGCAGACUUUACCUUCCCGUGCCCAUUUGCUUUAUUCCAAGCUUUUGAAACGAACCUUUCUUAAUGUAUAGCAAAUACUUUUCGUGUAGACUUGUGCAGAAACUGCACCUUGGAAGUCCUUCUUUCCUUUCCGACGACCAAAAUUAUUAUUCAUUUCUGUUUUGGCAGCACUCCCUUCCUCGUCUUAAAUGUUCCUUAUAGAACGAACAUCUGAAAAAGAAAGACAACACAAGCUAUUUACGUUCUCUCCUGUAAUUUUAAGAUUACCACUUUUCCCAUCUUAUAUUGCUAGAGGAAGAACUUCUACAGGUUGUUAGCCCCCCCAUUACUAUCCCGACGAUUUGACGCAAAACUGUAAUAAAAAUUAACGAGUAAGUCGUUUGUUAAAAUCUUCAAAAUGCGGUUAAUAUUGCGCAGGAAUAGCUACCCUUUCUCGAUCUUUUUUUCUUUACCCAUCUCGUCUGUAAUUUGCUAGAGCGAACAAGAAAAUACAUUAGACAACGUUUGGACAAUUUA